UGUUCUUGUCGUCCCUUGAGAUUUAUCUCAAGACAUCCAUAGUUUUCUAUUCCAUUGGCCAUCUCAUUUACAAUUACAGAGACAAUUGACAAACAGGAAGAAGAUCAUCAACUCAACUCAACUCAAAAUGCGCAUUAAUUAGUCCCCGUUUGCCAAUCACCCAUCAUCCCAAAAGUCACUUCCCCCCAUUUUUUGGUCCCUCCAAUAUGACUACCUCCUUGAGAGAUCCUCCUUCAGCUCUUCAAUAUCGAAUCUCAUCCGACUCUCUUUAGUCUUUACCCACCAAAGAAACGUAGUGUUUGCACUAACGUUGCUUUCCGUCAGUUAAUGAAAAAGGUAGGAGGAAGAAGAACCAAGUCAACUGAACAUUAAAAAAUAAAAUAAAGCCUUCCCAUAUUUGUUUCUCCCUCUAUAUAAGAGCUUUGUUCUGCAACAAACUUGUAUGCAGUCUAAAGCGAUUCUUCGCCUGAGAGACACCGGCUUAUUUGGUGCUUGUCAUUCUUGCUCGCUCUUCUCAGAAGACAGGGCAAGAGAAGUUAUGGCGAUCCUCCCAAUCGAAGGGCAAGAAAGAGCGAGGCUCGAGAUUGAGGGAGCGAAUGACAUGGAGGAAGGAGAGGCUUCCAAGAACUUGGGGGCAAUCCCCCCAUGGAAAGAGCAAAUAACCAUUCGGGGCCUCGUUACUAGCCUCAUCAUCGGGAUCAUGUACACUAUUAUUAUUAUGAAGCUCAGUUUGACUACAGGGCUCGUGCCAACCCUCAAUGUCUCCGCUGCUCUUCUUUCCUUUGUCCUUCUCAGGACUUGGAUUAAGCUGCUUAACAAGGCUGGCAUCAUGUCUAAGCCUUUUACAAAGCAAGAGACUAAUGUGGUUCAGACCUGCGCGGUUGCCUGCUAUACGAUGGGAUUUGGAGGUGGGUUUGGGUCUUAUUUGUUGGGCCUGAACAAGAGGACUUAUGAACUAGCAGGCACAGAUACGAAGGGGAAUAUUCCAGGGAGUUAUAAGGAGCCUGGAAUUGGAUGGAUGACUACAUUUCUCUUUGUUACCAGCUUCGUUGGUCUUUUCGUAUUGAUUCCACUCAGAAAGAUUAUGAUUAUAGACUACAAGUUAACUUAUCCAAGUGGCACUGCAACGGCUGUCCUCAUCAAUGGCUUUCACACUUCCAAGGGAGACAAAAUGGCUAAGAAGCAGGUUCACGGGUUCACUAAAUACUUCUGUUUCAGCUUUCUCUGGAGCUUCUUUCAAUGGUUUUUCUCGGGGGGUGAUGUCUGUGGAUUCGCACAGUUCCCAACUUUUGGUUUACAGGCUUAUAAGGAGACAUUUUUCUUUGAUUUUAGCCUGACAUAUGUCGGAGCUGGUAUGAUCUGUUCGCAUCUUGUGAAUAUCUCGCUUUUGCUUGGAGCAGUGCUUUCAUGGGGAGUAAUGUGGCCAUUGAUCAGAGAGGAGAAAGGCGUUUGGUUUCCUGCUACCAUCUCAGAGAGCAGCAUGGAAAGCUUGCAAGGUUACAAGGUUUUUAUCUCCAUUGCUUUGAUCUUAGGGGAUGGUUUAUACCAUUUCCUCAAAAUUAGCGCCAUAACUGCAAGAAACAUGCACAUCAAAUUCAGAAGCAAAACUCGUAAACGGGAAGCAGCUGACAACACUGUAUCUCUCGAUGAUCUUCAACUCACGGAAGCAUUCACGAAAGAAACAAUACCUCUUUGGAUAGCCUACGUUGGUUAUGCUAUCUUCACUGUAAUAUCAUUAGUCGCCAUUCCUCGCAUGUUUCCUGAGGUGAAGUGGUAUUAUGUUAUCAUCGCCUACAUCCUUGCUCCAGUUCUUGGCUUCUGCAAUGCUUAUGGUGAUGGUCUUACCGACAUGAACAUGGCUUAUAACUACGGAAAAGUUGCUCUGUUCAUAAUCGCAGCUUGGGCCGGAAAGGAUUCAGGAGUAGUUGCUGGUUUGGUAGUCUGUGGUCUGGUAAAAUCUGUUGUUUAUAUUGGUGCUGAUUUAAUGCACGACUUCAAGACUGCUCAUUUAACUCUAACUUCAUCUCGAGCUAUGAUUAUUAGCCAAGCCAUAGGAACUGCCAUGGGCUGCAUUGUUGCUCCUCUCACUUUCUUCCUCUUUUACAAAGCCUUUGAUGUGGGAAACCCCGAUGGAGCCUUCAAGGCUCCGUAUGCUUUGGUUUACAGAAACAUGGCGAUUCUUGGAGUUGAGGGAUUCUCUGCGCUUCCUGGCCAUUGCCUUCAGCUUUGUUAUGGGUUUUUUGCCUUCGCUGUUGCGUGUAAUAUAAUGAAGGAUAUUAUUCCAAAAAAAUAUGGGCGGUUGAUUCCUUUGCCGAUGUGCAUGGCAGUGCCUUUCCUUGUUGGAGCUAGCUUUGCGAUUGAUAUGUUCGUAGGGAGUUUGAUAGUGUUUGGAUGGCACAAGAUUAACAGCAAGAAAGCAGCUUUGAUGAUACCAGCGGUUGCCUCGGGUUUGAUCUGUGGAGAUGGGCUUUGGGUCCUACCAUCUUCCUUGCUUGCUCUGGCUAAGGUCAAUCCUCCCAUCUGUAUGAAGUUUGUAAAACCCUCGGCAGCCUGAGAACUGAUUUUGAGAUCUCACGAGAUUUUCAAUGAGUGUGACUCAGAGAAACAUUCUCCAUUAAUAAAACUGGGUCAACGAUACCCUUUUUACGCCCAUAUUUGGGUCAUGCUGCCGUGCAACUGGGAUGUAAAAGUAUUAGGAUAGGACUGAUACACAAAUGUUUCUGUUGAUAUUUGGGGUUUUCUGUAAAUUGAAUGCGGUAAGAAGCGCACUUUAUGUAGAGUUGCAAAGGUGGAGUCAUUGGAGUCUUGAUGCAGGCGGACCUUUUAUGUGAAGAUCAAGCAGAUUAGGGCUCUUAGGUCCUCGUGACGGUUGCAACGAUCUUACCUUCACCAUGAAUGGACUGUUAAUCUCCGCUACUGUUCUUCGUAAAUGUCGUACUCGUAUUUAUUUUAGUCUUUUCGGGCUUGAUUUUGUUGUAUCGUGUAAAAAUGAGUUCGAGUUCUCAGAAAAGCUCGAUUCCAAUAAAAAUCCGCGACUUCCUUCCUCAAACCCAGGGUUUUAGAUCUUAGAAUUGGAGCUUGUGCUGAUCGGAAUCUAUGUUGUAAAAUCGACUUGCACCAAAACAGAAACACACCUUCUUUCAAAAUACAGUUGAUUCCCUUGUACC